UAUCGCACAUUAUUGCUUUUUAAAAAUAGACCGUGAGCGAAAAAUAACACUUCAACGUUAUAUCGAGAACCCCAAAACAAGUUCCGGGACCGGUGAGGGCGUCCGCUGUGGCGUUCAGUUGUGUUUGGUGAUUUGCAAACGUUGGUUGUGGUGCAGUGGUUCGUGUUGUUCCUAUAAUUAGUAAAUUAUUGAAUAACAAUUGACGAUGGAGACGAUCUUAGAGCAACAGCGUCGGUAUCAUGAAGAGAGGGAGAGGCUGAUGGACGCAAUGGUUGAGGAAUUGCUUCACAAGAAGCCGGGACAUCGGGAAAGUAUCAAUUCAGAGCAUCGGCUCAAGAUGCUGCUCGAUCAGUUUAUGGAUAGUACAGGACAAUUGCAGGAGCUGUAUGAAGAUAAAGAUGGACAGCGCAAGGAAGAGGUACAAGCUCUGUCGGGUCCCAACGAAUUCUCCGAGUUCUACACACGUCUGAAGUCCAUCAAAGAGUUUUACCGUCGUCAUCCCAACAAAAUAAGUGUCCCCAUGUCGGUGGAGUUCGAGGAGCUAGCCAAAAUGCGUGAGAAUCCAACAGAGGAGCUCUCCAACCUCGUAGAAUUCACAGACGAGGAGGGCUACGGGAAAUACUUGGAUCUUCACGAGUGCUACGAGAAGUACGUGAAUCUCAAAGGAAUUGAGAAAAUUGACUACAUAACGUACUUAUCGAGCUUCGAUCACCUCUUCGAUAUUCCCAGAGACCGUAAGAAUGCUGAAUAUCGUCGUUACGUCGAGACACUCCUGGAGUAUCUAGCUGACUACAUUGGCAGAGUUAAGCCUAUUCAAGAUCUGUACGCAUACUUGACUGAUUGUCAGAAGGAUUUCGAGGUACAGUGGGAGAAUUGUACAUUCCCAGGGUGGCCCAAGGAGACAGGCAGUGCAUUGGCCAAUGUUGGAGCUCAUCUGGAGCUCUCUGGCUUCUCCUCUUGGGAGGAGCUUGCCUCUCUAGGGCUCGAUCGAUUGAAAUCAGCUCUGAUGGCCCUGGGACUGAAAUGUGGAGGAACUCUGGAGGAACGAGCUCAGAGAUUAUGGAAAACCAAGAAUGGUGCACAGCUGGAUCCUAAUUCUUUAGUUAAAAAUAAAAAUAAAAAAGGGGGAAAGGGAAAGGAUAAUGAGAAGCAGAAGGAAAUUGCUCGACUGGAGGCUCAACUUUAUAAAUUAGCUGAGUUGGUAUCGAAUCAGCGUGUUGCUACAAAAGAGAAUGUUCAGAGGAAACAGGCCAGGACGGAAGGAGAACGAGGAGAUUCAGAUGCUGAGGCCAGUGCCAGUGAGUCAGAGGAGGAGGAUGAUAAUGAGGUCCCAUACAAUCCUAAAAAUUUACCCUUGGGAUGGGAUGGAAAACCAAUUCCUUAUUGGCUUUAUAAAUUGCAUGGGCUAAAUAUCAGUUAUAAUUGUGAGAUAUGUGGUAAUUUCACGUAUAAAGGACCUAAGGCCUUCCAGAGGCAUUUUGCUGAAUGGCGACAUGCUCAUGGCAUGCGGUGUCUGGGCAUUCCCAACACUGCGCAUUUUGCCAAUGUCACACAGAUUGAGGAUGCACUGGCGUUGUGGCAGAAAUUGAAAGCUCAGAAACAGGCUGAGAGGUGGCAGCCUGAGCAGGAGGAGGAGUUUGAGGAUUCACUGGGGAAUGUCGUCAACAGGAAAACUUAUGAGGAUCUUAAACGACAGGAACUUCUUUGAAUUUAUUUGUCAGACAGUAUUACCUGGAAUAAUAAAUAUUUGAGUUUUGUGUAGUUUUGAUAAGCGAUAAGCGAACAUUAGCGAUAUUUUUGUUAUGAAGGAAAAAUAUUUAUUAUUUGUGAUUGAUGGACUACUUAUUUUUAGUAGAAUAUUUGGUAUCAUCAAUAAAUUAUGGAAUGAAAUAUACCCAGUGGUGAAAUCAGUUAAACUUUUGACGCGUAAAAAUGGAAACUUUUGGAAUCGUGGAUGAAUUUUUCGAUCAAUACUAUAUUCCGGAAUAGCUGUAAUAUUUUCUGGUCGCAGUCUUUCACCCAUAGUUUUUACAUUUUUAAGUUGAUGAAGUUAAACAAAUGUAAUGAAUAAAUUAUUCUGCUAUUUUUCACCCAUUUUUUUAUUGUUCAUCUGCAUCACGUAUGUCUAUGUAAUUCAAAAAAGUCAAGUUCAUCACAUAAAUGACGAUUUUUAUUCAGUUAACUGAGAAUAAAAUGUUAUAUAAAAUAUUUUUAAGUCUAACAUAUGCUGGGCGAAAUGGAUUGUCUAAGAAAAAUAGUCCAGCUAUAUUUUAAUAGAGAAUAUUGAAUAAAAUAUUGAAAUUGAA